AUGACGCCCGUUGCCCGCAUCAUCGCCCGCCGCCAGUACUCCAUGAUGCAAUCCGUGCGAGCCGCCGGCCGCGCCAUGGAGUCGCACCCGUUCGAGCGGCUGCCCAGGAAGCAAAAGCCGGCGCCGGCCAACUGGGCGGGCGACGCCAAGCGCUUCGGCGUGCAAAUAGCCCUCUAUAUUCCCGGCAUCAGCCUGCUGCUCGGCUGGCCGCUCCUCGCCGCCAAGGUCAUGGAUGGCCACGUCUAA